AUGGAAGCAGUGAUGGGAAGGAUUCAUCUUGUACUGGUGCAGUGCGUGGCUGCGGCGGCGCUGAUAUCUUCAUUGACCGGCGGCGCCGCCGCCGAGGCAGCGGCGGUCGCGGCGCAGGAGCUGCGGCAAGGCUUCUCCGUCGCCCACGACCAGUCCUACUCGCAGUUCCAGCCAGUGCUCGCCGACCCCACCGGCGUCUUCGCGCUCGGCUUCCUCCGCGUCAACGCCACCAUGCUGGACCUCGCCGUCCUCCACCUCCCGUCUGCCUUCCCGCUCUGGCGCGCAAUCCCCCGACCGCCCCGCGCCAUGGUGUCAGCAGCACACCUGCCCGGUCACCAGAUGCUGCUGAAGGCCGGCCCAGAGGACCAAGGCCCAGGAAGCCCAACCCAAAGUAUACCGGCGACGUCUGGGCCAACUGAGGCGCUUGCACGCGCGACUUGA